CGAGUAGAACACGCAAAAUUCACUUCUCGAGGAUUAGAGGGUUCUCCUAUUUACAGUAGUUAAAAAAAAAAAAAAAAAAAAAAAAAAAAACGUAUUGACCAAUAUAUUAAAAGGCAUUAUUUCACCAUUUCUUAAAAUAAGAAAAACUGUUAAGUACUACUCGUAUUGUGGACAAUUUGGGAAGGAAGAAGCAUAAUAUUGUCAUAACUAACGAUGACAUAUGGAGCCACAUGACAAAUACACAAUGUAGAUAAAUGUGGAUAAAGAGAACCAAGACAAGAGGAAAGAAGCUAUGUUUCUUUGCUCUUCUAUCCCAACAACAAAAAUCUGCUUCUUUAUCUCUGCCACAAAUAUCCCUUUUUCUUCAUCUCCAAACCCAAAUUUCCAACUUAGAUUUCAUACUUCUCACCGUGAAAAUCUACGUUAUCUAAAAUCCCUUGGCAUUAUCAAGCCUGGUACCAAAACCUAUAAAAUAACCUCAUCCUCAGAAUCUCUUUCCCAAAUUUUAUCCACUGUGAACUUUCUCAAUUCUCAAGGCUUCUCCGAGGCUGAUAUAUCAAGAAUUGCUCUUGUUUGUGACCAUGUAUUUUCUCCUGAAUUUAAUGUUGAAUCUGUGUUUGAUUUCUUCAAGUUUGAUUUAGCUGCAACCCCAGACGAAACUCGAGGUUUAAUUAUCCGAUGCCCUCAAAUUCUUGAAUCCAAUGUCCCCUUCUGUUUGAGACCAACACUGCUUUAUCUUAAAGAAUUAGACAUUGGAAAUUUGAACUUGCCAACUACCUUAAAUGCUCAUCUACUGAAUACCCGAGUAGAUAAAUUGCAAGAAAAGGUUAGAUUUUUGCAGGGUAUUGGGCUAUCAUAUGAAGAAUCAGCCAAGUGUUGUGCUAGAUUUCCUGCUAUAUUUGGUUACAGUAUUGAACACAACUUGUGGCCAAAGUAUGAGUAUUUGGUUAAGGAGAUGAAGAGGGAUCUUGAGGAACUGAAACUGUUUCCUCAGUACUUUGCUUUCAGCCUUAGAAACAGGAUUGUUCCUAGACAUUUGCAUCUCAAGGAAAGAAAUGUUAUAAUUCCCUUGAAAAGAAUGUUGCUAUGGAGUGAUCAAAGAUUUUAUGCUAAAUGGAAAUGACAUUAUUUAUUUCUGCUUC